AUGCGAAGAGAUGAGCGGGAAGUUGUUCAGAAGAAGACCUUCACGAAAUGGGUGAACUCAAACCUGGCUCGCGUGCCCUGCCGCAUCACUGACCUCUACAAGGACCUGCGGGAUGGGCGGAUGCUCAUCAAGCUGCUGGAGGUGCUCUCUGGAGAGAUGCUGCCAAAGCCCACGAAGGGGAAGAUGCGCAUCCACUGCCUGGAGAAUGUGGACAAGGCCCUACAGUUCCUCAAGGAGCAGCGUGUGCACCUGGAAAACAUGGGCUCCCAUGACAUCGUGGAUGGCAACCACCGCCUGGUCCUGGGCCUCAUCUGGACCAUCAUCCUUCGCUUCCAGAUUCAGGACAUUGUCGUGCAAACUCAAGAAGGUCGUGAGACGCGCUCUGCCAAGGAUGCGCUACUGUUGUGGUGUCAGAUGAAGACAGCAGGCUACCCCCAGGUCAAUGUCACCAACUUCACCUCCAGCUGGAAGGACGGCCUGGCCUUUAACGCCCUGAUACAUAAGCACCGGCCUGACCUGAUCGACUUUGAUAAGCUGAAGGACUCGAACGCGCGGCACAACCUAGAGCAUGCAUUCAAGGUAGCUGAGCGUCAGCUGGGCAUCAUCCCGCUCCUCGACCCCGAAGAUGUCUUCACGGAAAACCCUGAUGAGAAAUCCAUCAUUACCUAUGUGGUGGCAUUUUACCACUACUUCUCCAAGAUGAAGGUGCUCGCGGUGGAGGGCAAGCGCGUGGGCAAGGUCAUUGACCACGCCAUUGAGACCGAGAAGAUGAUUGAGAAGUACAGUGGGCUGGCCUCAGAGCUGCUCACCUGGAUCGAGCAGACCGUCGCCGUCCUGAACAGCCGCAGGUUUGCCAACUCCCUGGCAGGCGUCCAGCAGCAGCUACAGGCCUUCAGCACCUACCGCACCGUGGAGAAGCCCCCUAAGUUCCAGGAGAAGGGGAAUCUGGAAGUCCUACUUUUUACCAUCCAGUCCCGGAUGAGAGCCAACAAUCAGAAAGUGUAUACCCCUCACGACGGGAAGCUGGUGUCUGACAUCAACCGGGCCUGGGAAAGCCUGGAGGAGGCUGAGUAUCAGCGGGAGCUGGCCCUGAGAAACGAGCUCAUUCGGCAAGAGAAGCUGGAACAGGUAGCCCGGCGCUUUGACCGAAAGGCUGCCAUGAGAGAGACGUGGCUCAAUGAAAACCAGCGCCUCGUGGCUCAGGAUAACUUUGGGUUUGACCUGGCAGCCGUGGAGGCCGCCAAAAAGAAGCACGAGGCCAUCGAGACCGACACAGCCGCUUAUGAGGAGCGGGUGAAGGCCCUGGAGGACCUGGCCCAGGAGCUGGAACAGGAGAAUUACCAUGACCAGAAGCGCAUCACUGCCCGCAAGGACAACAUCCUGCGCCUAUGGAGCUACCUGCAGGAGCUGCUGAGGUCCCGGCGCCAGAGGCUCGAGAUGACCCUGGCCCUGCAGAAACUCUUCCAGGACAUGCUGCACAGCAUCGACUGGAUGGACGAGAUCAAGGCUCACCUCUUAUCUGCCGAGUUCGGGAAGCACUUGUUGGAGGUCGAGGACUUGUUACAGAAGCACAAGCUGAUGGAAGCUGACAUCGCCAUCCAAGGGGACAAAGUGAAGGCCAUCACUGCAGCCACCCUGCAGUUCACUGAGGAGAAAGGAUACCAGCCUUGUGACCCCCAGGUUAUCCAGGACCGGGUCAGCCACCUGGAGCAGUGCUUUGAGGAGCUGAGCAACAUGGCAGCUGGGCGGAAGGCCCAGCUAGAGCAGUCUAAGCGGCUCUGGAAGUUCUUCUGGGAGAUGGAUGAGGCCGAGAGCUGGAUCAAGGAGAAGGAGCAGAUCUACUCUUCCCUGGACUAUGGCAAAGACCUGACGAGCGUGCUCAUCUUACAGCGCAAGCACAAGGCCUUUGAGGAUGAGCUCCGAGGGCUGGACACCCACCUGGAGCAGAUCUUCCAGGAGGCAGAGGGCAUGGUGGCACGUAAGCAGUUUGGGCACCCGCAGAUUGAGGCCCGAAUCAAGGAGGUGUCCGCCCAGUGGGACCAGCUGAAGGAGCUGGCUGCCUUUCGCAAGAAGAACCUCCAGGACGCUGAGAACUUCUUCCAGUUCCAGGGUGACGCUGACGACCUGAAGGCCUGGCUGCAAGAUGCCCACCGGCUGCUCUCAGGCGAAGACGUGGGGCAGGAUGAGGGGGCCACGCGGGCCCUGGGGAAGAAGCACAAGGACUUCCUGGCGGAGCUGGAGGAGAGCCGCGGGGUGAUGGAGCAUCUGGAACAGCAGGCCCAGGGCUUCCCCCAAGAGUUUCGGGAUUCCCCAGAUGUGACCAACCGGCUGCAGGCCCUCCGGGAGCUCUACCAGCAGGUGGUGGCCCAGGCAGACCUGCGUCGGCAGAGGCUACAGGAUGCCCUGGACCUGUACACGGUGUUUGGGGAGACGGACGCCUGUGAGCUGUGGAUGGGGGAGAAGGAGAAGUGGCUAGCCCAGAUGGAGAUCCCAGACACACUGGAGGACCUGGAGGUGGCACAGCACAGGUUUGACAUCCUGGACCAGGAGAUGAAGACCUUGAUGACGCAGAUUGACGGCGUGAACCUCGCUGCCAAUAGCCUGGUAGACAGCGGCCACCCUCGCAGUGGGGAAGUGAAACAGUACCAGGACCACCUGAAUGACAGAACUGAUUGCAGAGGUGUUGCACCCGGACGUGCGUGGCGAGCCGGCCGCUAUCUCCGCAGGUCCUGGAACAACCUCUACUGUGUGCUCCGGAACAGUGAGCUGACCUUCUACAAGGACGCCAAGAACCUGGCGCUGGGGGUGCCCUACCAUGGGGAGGAGCCCCUGGCCCUGAGACACGCCAUCUGUGAGAUUGCGGCCAACUACAAGAAGAAGAAGCAUGUCUUCAAGCUGAGGCUGAGCAAUGGCAGUGAGUGGCUCUUCCAUGGCAAGGAUGAGGAGGAGAUGCUGUCCUGGCUGCAGGGCGUGAGCACCGCCAUCAACGAAUCCCAGAGCAUCCGCAUCAAGGCACAGAGCUUGCCCCUGCCCUCCAGCACCGGCCCCGACGCCAGCCUUGGCAAGAAAGACAAGGAGAAGAGAUUCAGCUUCUUCCCCAAAAAGAAGUAGCCUCUCUGGCACCCCGCCGGCGGGACUGGGCCGUGUAGGGACUGGCGGGGCGCCCGGGCCCGGUCCUGUCCGCAGCCCGACGCCCGUCCCCCCACCCCGCUGCCUGCACCUGCCUGCUCCGCCUGCCGGCUGAUGCCCGCCUCCGCCCAGUGCAGCCCAGGGGCCCCUGGGGCAGGAAACGGUGUCCCAGGCACCCACCCUCCUCUCCCACCUGCCUCUCCUCCCGACUGAGGGCCCUCCAGCCCCCAAACCCCACAAAACUGGAGCAGAAGAGGUUCCUCAGAUGCUGCCCCCUUCCCAAAGCAGGUCUUGCUUGGGGCUACCUCCCAUUUGGUCACGGCCAGGGAAAGGGAAGAGGACACUGGAAAUGCCUGACCUGCCCCUUAGGGGCAUGAGGAAGGAGCUUCAGGGAAGCUAGUAUAUACCAUUCACCAGCCUCUUUCUCCAUCUGGGGAAACCAAAGCAGGAGGCAGUGAGGUGACCACACUCACCUGGCAAUGAAGAAGGCCUCUGGUGCAUCUGAGGGCAUGUCCUGCUCCAAGGCAAAUAGCACGCUCCUUCCUGAAGAGCAGGUAGUGGCAAGAAUCUUCCUCAACUCUUCCCCCCGGACCAGUCUUUAGGGAGACAAGGGGCCCCCCUCUCCAUUCUAUGUGUGCCAAAAUAGCAACCGAGGUGAGAAAUCUCCAGCAAGUAACUCCAUAGUCCAAAGAAUGAAAGGGCCCCAAAGGAAGAGGUAGGAUUUCACCACCCCAGGUCCCCCAGACUGGGCAAUGGCAGCCAGCUGCAUGUGACCCACCAGCUAUUGCCAGUGCCCCAGGCAUCCCGCCCACAUCAUACGGGCCCCAAGACCUUCACCAACAGCACUGAAGCUACACGAGCCCGGCCACACGGGGCUAUGCUCCCGGCGCUCUGGCAAGGGUCUUCCCCUCCUUACAUUUUCUACUUUGCAAUCUUUUAACAGUAUUCCCAAACUAGGUUGACACAGCUCCAGUCCACACCAGCAUAACAGGCUUCCUCCCCAGAACAGCUUAGAGGAAGCUCCUUCUGGGCAUGGUCAGGUGGUCCUCCUUCCUUCUCUCCAUCCCCUUCAUCCCCUGGCCUCAACUGAUUGGCUGGGGGGCGGGGGUAUGGAAGGUCCUCAGGCUUCCCCCCAGCCCCACAACCAGCACCCGUAACAGGAAGCUUGUGGAAGGCUCAGCAUCCCCACCACACCACUUCUCUUUCCUAUCGGAGGGCAACUAGGGUCCCCAAGGUUGGUCCUGGAUCUCUCUCCCCUCCCGUUAGUGGGAGGGGGCAAGGACCCAGAGGACUGUAGGGCCUCGUCGCUUGGACAAGCAAGCUCAGGGAGGACACAAGGGAGGAGGCAGCUCCACAAGACUGCAACCCUGUUGGGCACAGAUCGCACAAUCUGGCACUGGCCCUGGGGCCAGCUGGGCCUUGUCCUCCACCUGCUCAAAUGUGCUUCCACCACCAGAGAAAACCCAUUUACUAGUUUUUCUAAUAAAUCGACAAUGCUCCAUCUUUCUCUCA